AUGCCCCUUCAGUUAUCGCGUUCGACGCGAUUGAUUGCGGUUAUAUGCAUAUCGACGUGUUUCUUUCUGGGAGAAAUAUCAUUGGGGUUCUACACUCAUUCGCUUGCUCUCAUCGCAGAUGCAUUUCAUUACCUGAGCGAUUUGUUGAGUUUUGUGGUGGCUCUGGUGGCUUUGAAGGUUUCCGAGAAAAAUGAUUCUCCAAAGGACCUCUCCUUUGGCUGGCAACGAGCUCAGCUGCUAGGUGCCUUUUUCAACGGAGUUCUAUUACUCGGAUUGGGAAUCAGCAUUCUCUUACAAUCCGUUGAGCGAUUCAUUUCGUUGCAUCGUGUCGAUAAUCCAAAACUUGUUUUCAUCGUUGGGUGCAUUGGAUUGGGGUUGAACAUAAUCAGCGCCUUAUUCCUUCAUGAACAUACGCAUGACCAUGGACCAGCACCGUCUCUGGAAGCGGGACCAUUGCCCAUCAGCGAAGACGACCGCGACUCAAUCUCAAAGCACCACGACCACAAGCAUUCGCCUUUCGAGAACCAACGAGCCGAUUCGGGACAUUGUCACGAACAAACCCAUGGACACAACCAGGAGCAUAGUCACAGCCACGGCCAUGACCAUGGGGACUUAGGAAUGAUGGGGGUGCUACUGCAUGUCCUGUGCGAUGCGGCUAAUAACCUUGGUGUCAUUGCUUCUGCGCUAGUGAUCUGGUUGGCAAAAUAUGACGGCCGGUACUAUGCAGACCCGGGAGUCAGCAUGGGAAUCGCCAUAAUGAUCAUGGUCUCCUCUGUCCCUCUUAUCCGGAGAAGCGGUCAUAUCUUGUUGGAAAGCGCUCCAAUUGGGCUUGACUUAAGCGACGUACAGCAUGAUCUAGAAAAGGUCCCCGGCGUCCACUCCAUUCACGAACUACACAUCUGGCGCCUUAACCAGCAGAAGACCCUCGCAUCUGUGCACGUUGUCGUUUCGGAUCCCUCUGUCAGCGGAUUUUUGCAAACUGCAAAGACGAUUAACGAAUGUUUUCAUGCUUAUGGAAUACACUCUGCGACCAUACAGCCGGAAGUUUUAGCCGAAGGGGACACUGUGUCGCAUGAUGUGGAUAAAGAAAAGAACCCACGAUGCCAAGUGGUUUGUGGGACUCUGUGUGAGGCCCUGACCUGCUGCGGCUAA